UGAUAAUACCACCAACCAAUCCAAAAUAUCUUCUUGCUGGUGCAAUUGCUGGUGCAGUCAGUCGCACUGCAACGGCACCACUUGAUCGACUCAAAGUUUAUCUUCAAAUUCAGACGGCAUCACCUCAACUCCUUACAGCAAAGAAAAUUCGAAGUGAAACGCAGGUAUCAAAAAGAUUGGUUACUUCCGCACAUAAGAAUAUUCUUAAUGCCAUAAAAAAUUUAUAUUCAAGUGGAGGUUUAAUUAAUUUUUUUCGUGGUAACGGAUUGAAUGUUGCCAAAAUUGCACCAGAAAGUGCAAUAAAAUUUUUUGCUUAUGAACAAUCCAAGGUUGCCGUUGCAAAUCUAAUGGGAACAAAAGAUAUUAACUCAAUAGGAAUGUCUGGACGUUUCCUUUCAGGUGGUCUUGGUGGUGUUAUAUCACAAUUCGCUAUAUAUCCUUUAGAGACCAUAAAAACUCGUCUUAUGAGUUCAUCAGGUGUAUCAUCAAAAUCUUCAUCCGAUGGAAAUAUCUUGUUAAAGACAGCGAGUGAAAUGUGGAAAACGCAAGGGGUUCGUUCAUUUUAUAAAGGAUUAAUACCAUCUUUAAUUGGAGUUUUUCCUUAUGCUGCAGUGGAUAUGAGCGUUUACGAAGGCCUUAAAUUGGCUUAUAUUAAACGUGAAAAAUCACUUCAUGGUGGGAUGGAACCAAAACAAACAAGUGUUUUUGUUUCUUUAGGUUGUGGUAUGAUUUCAGGAUGUAUUGGCGCGACUAUUGUAUAUCCUUUAGCGCUUGUCAGAACACGGUUACAAGCGCAGGGAACUCCCGGACACCCACAAACUUAUUCUGGAGCAUUUGAU